AUGAAGCUCUCCAUUGCAGCAACAUUGGGCUUUUUGGGCUGUGCCCUCGCCUUGCCCGCCCCUGCUGCCAGGGAGACCGACCUGCCAUUCCCCUUCCCAGCUGGUGGCUCUGGCACUGGGUCUGGCAGUCUUCCAUUCCCUAUUCCUUCAGGCGCUCCUAGCGGCUUUCCGUUCCCUAUUCCUUCGGGUCUACCUCACGGCUUUCCAACUGAUUUUCCGUUCCCUAUUCCGUCCGGCUUGCCCACUGGGUUCCCAUUCCCUAUCCCAUCCGGCUUCCCCACUGGAUCCGGCUCCGGCGGUUUCCCCGGCUUCCCCGGCCUAGGCGGUAGCGGCGACUACGAAAAGCGCGAGGAAGCUCAUCACAGUCGCCCCAAGCCAUCUGGCGUCUUCCCCGGAUGGCCGUGGCCAUGGCCAUGGCCGAAGCCCACUGGUGGCUUCCCUGGAUGGCCAAAGCCGACUGGCACUCCUUCCUUCCCUCCUGGAGGCAGCCCCACCGGCGGCUUCCCAGGCUUCCCAAGCAUCACACCAACGCCUACGCCCAGCGCAACUCCUUCCGGCUUCCCCUUCAGGGGCUGA